GACAUGGAUUUAGAUUUACACAAACACAGCUGAGAGAGACAGAGAGAGAUUGUAUUUGAAUUUCAAUUUUAAAAAAGGCCAAAAAAGAAAAGAAAAAUAUAUUUGAAUUUCAAUUUUGAAUCCGAGAGAUCUUGCUGGUGUAUUGUAUAGUGUUUGGAUUUACUGAUUUGUCAAGCCUUGUUUCGUUUCUCUUUGGCUCACUACAUCGCAGAUCCUUGAAAGUUCUCCGCAAAUCUCUGUUGUGUUCGUCGAAUCUAAUCUUCGUCUUAAUGGAGCUGUAGUUCUCGCGCGCUUCCCGAGUGUGUCAUGGACUCUGAUAAUCUGAAGCCUGCCGAUGGGCUUGAGGUAGUCCAUCUAAAUGGUGUUCAUGAGCAACUUCCUGGCUCUGGAGAGGAUGACGUUGUUGCUAAUAACGUGAAUGGAAUUUCUGAGGGCACUUCAGAGACCACAGGGGGAAAUGGAAAUCUUGGAACUGCAGAAAUGUUGGAUGAUAGUGGUACCAAUAACUCACCUCCUGCAGAGCCAAGGGAGGAAUCAAAUGCCCGUGUGAAUAACAAGAAGUUGACUGUUUCUAAGGAGGGGAAAGUGAAAGAUGCAGACCAUACAAAGCAAGCCAAGUCAGUGAAGUUUCAAGGGAAAAGCAAGAUUGAGAAGCCAUCAAGCCCCAGAAACAUCUCAGCAACUUGGGUGAAGAAAAGCAAAGAUGAAAAAGAUGUGGGAACAACAUCUACCUUUUCAAAUGGUUCAGUGGGUUCAAAUCCAUGUGCUAAACAGCCUGUUAAAAUUAACUCCUCUUUUGACAGGCAGAUUCAUUCGCCCAAGCAAUCUGGAAAGUCUGAUGCUGUGUCAUCUGAUGGCCAAAUAAGUCCAAAGACAGAACAGGCCAAACAACACAGGGCCAGUGCCCUUCCAAAUUAUGGGUUCAGCUUUAAGUGUGGUGAGCGAGCUGAGAAGAGGAAAGAGUUCUACUCUAAACUUGAGGAAAAGAUUCAUGCAAAGGAGAUAGAGAAGACUACUUUGCAAGUGAAGUCUAAGGAGUCUCAGGAAGCUGAGAUUAAGCAGCUCCGAAAGAGUCUGACCUUCAAAGCAACUCCCAUGCCCAACUUUUAUCAAGAACCUCCACCACCUAAGGUGGAGCUUAAGAAGAUACCACCAACAAGAGCUAGAUCUCCCAAGUUUGGUCGAAAGAAGAGCUCAAUGCUUGAUUCUGAAGAAAAUGGAAGCCACGGCUCCCGACCAGGUCGUCUAAGCUUGGAUGAGAAAUUGUCUCAGAGCAAUACAAGCAAAGCGUCCCCUGUAAUUGUGAGGAAGCAACAGCGAAAGUCUCUCCCUAAACUUCCUUCUGAGAAGACUGCUUCUUCAAGUUCAACAAAUAAUGAAAAAGCCACAUUAUCUGAAGCUUCAAAGCAAGAAAAUACCUUUUUUUCCAAUGCGACAAGUGAAACUACGUCUGCCACGCAAGAGCAGGAGGUAAACCAGAGAGCUGAAGCAAGUGAAACUCAUCCUAAAACAGAUGAAGGAAAUACAAUUACAGAGCAUACUCAACCCAUUCUGGUAGAAGGAGCCACUGUAUUGGAGCAUUAAGUGGAUCAGUAAUCGAAAGGAUAUUCAUAAAUGAUCCCCAUAAUUAGAUUGUGUGAAUAAGAGCUGCAAGGUUCAAAUCAUUCAACAAUGGAGGCACAAAGGAUUUUGGAUUAUGGGUAGUGAGUAGCCUUGUCUAUAGUCAGCAGCAUUGGUUUUGUGUGCUUGCUUUCAAAGUUGCUGGUCUUGUCGUUAGGACUCUGCAUCGUAGUUGCAUUAAUGUAUGUUAUCAUUUGUCAAGUUAAUUUAUGUUGUUUAAGCACCUCCUGUUGGCUGCUGCUGCUUAUUGGAGUCGUUUUGGAAAAUUUUGGGCUUCUGUUAGGUAAUUCUUGAUCAAAAAGUAUUGUUUAUUCCAGUAUUUGUUGAAUAGUUGUCUUUGAAUCCACCACCUAUUUCACUA